AUGUGUAAAAUUCUUUAUCUGACUCCUUUUUUUUCUCUCCCUUUCUCUUUAAAGGUUGAAAAAAAUGAUGACGUUGACCAAAAGAUUGAGCAAGAUGGCAUCAAACCAGAAGAUAAAGCUCAUAAGGCAGCCACCAAAAUCCAGGCCAGCUUCCGCGGACACAUAACAAGGAAAAAGCUCAAGGGGGAGAAGAAGGGAGAUGUCCAAGCGGCCGAUGCUGAAGCUGCUGAGAAGAAGGAUGAGGCCCCAUCUGAUGGUGUGCCAGAGAACAAAGAGAGCGACGCUCCUGCUGCCACAGAAGCUACUCCGUCUGACAGCACCCUGCCUGCAGAGGGCAGCAAAGAUGGCAGCACUCCCUCGGAGGAAAAGCAGGGGGAAGGCACUGCUGACGCUGGCUCAGAGCAGCCAGCCCCACAGGCAGCCACUCCCGCCUCCUCCUCCUCGGAGAAGCCCGCUCCCAUUGCCACCGAAACAGAAAGUGCCACUAAAGCUUCCACUGAUAACUCGCCGUCCUUGAAGGCUGAUGAAGCCCAAGACAAAGAGGAGCCUAAACAAGCCGAUGUGCCUGCUGCUGUCACCACCACUGCUGCAGAGGAUGCUACUGCCAAGGCAACAGCACAAACGGAGACGGCGGAGAGCAGCCAAACCGAAGAGAAGACAGAUGCUGUAGAAGAAACCAAACCUACUGAAAGUGCCCAGCAGGAAGAGGUGAAAGAAGACGAGAACAAGGCGGACCAAGAAAAUGCCUGA